UGCAAAAUAGUGCUCUUCCCUGAUAGGCGAGGACGCGCCUCUGGACUCGAGGCAGGGAGUGUUGGGAGCGGGCGAGCUUGGCAACGGGGCUUCCGAGGGAGCGAGCGGGGAGGCGGCUGCUGGCUGAAUGCAUCCCCGGAGGCCUUCCGACGGCGCCCAGCGGGGAAGAAGCAGCCUCUGCUGCCCGGCUUCCAAACUGCUCCGAUGCCGGCGCUGUCUCCCUUUAGGCGCCGGUGCCUCUUCGCCGCCGCCGCCGCCUUCCUACUGCUGGGCUUCGGGGCGCUGCUGCUGUUGCUGGACGGGGGUCCCGCGCCGCCCCAGCCGGAGCCCAAGCCGCCUUUGGAUCUCGGGGAGGCGGGCGCCUUGCGUGCCCAGUGCGCCUCUCUUCUCAGUGGAGGCAAAGCCUUCACUUGGGGGUCGCGCUUGGGCACGACGUGGGGGCGUUUUUCCUCCUGCGAGGACUACCUGGCCGGGAGCCACUACCUGACGCAGCCCCUGUCCACCGAGGAGGCCGCCUUCCCCCUGGCCUACGUGGUCACCCUCCACAAGGACUUCGCCACCUUCGAGCGGGUCUUCCGCGCCCUCUACGCGCCCCACAACGUCUACUGCAUCCACGUGGACCAGAAGGCUCCUGCUUCCUACCAGCAGCAGGUGGAGGAGCUGGUGGGCUGCUUCCCCAACGCCUUCCUGGUCUCCAAAGCCGAACCCGUCGUCUACGCCGGCAUCUCUAGGCUCCAGGCUGACAUCAACUGCAUGAAGGACCUCUUGACCUCCCAGGUCCGCUGGCGGUACGUCCUCAACAUGUGUGGCCAAGACUUCCCGCUCAAGACCAACCGGGAAAUCGUCCAGCACCUGAAGGCUUUCCGGGGUAAGAACAUCACCCCCGGGGUGCCCAUGCCCGCCCGCUACACCUUGCGGAUUAAAUAUGUCUACCGGCAGCACAUGGGCAAGGAUGCUUCCUACAUGAAGCGCACUUCCAUUCUCAAGUCGCGGGCGCCCCACAACCUCACCCUCCACUUUGGCUCGGCGUACAUCGCCCUGACCCGGCCCUUUGUGGAGUUUCUCUUCAGAGACAAGCGGGCCAGAGAUUUGCUGAACUGGUCCAAGGAUACAUACAGCCCCGACGAACAUUUCUGGGUGACCCUCAACAGGAUUCCAGGUGUUCCUGGUUCCAUGCCAAAUGCUACAUGGGAAGGCGGUCUAAGAGCUAUCAAGUGGAGUGAUGCAGAAGCAAAUCAUGGAGGAUGUCAUGGUCAUUAUGUCAGGAGUAUUUGCAUCUUUGGAACUGGUGACCUAAAGUGGCUGCUGAGCAACAAAAAUCUUUUUGCUAACAAAUUUGAACUUAAAACGUAUCCACCUACUGUGGAGUGUCUGGAGCUGAAUCUGCGGGAGAGAGCCUUGAACCAGAGCGAAAUACCAGUGGAGCCAAGCUGGUACCUUUAGUAAAAAAUUUUUUUAAAAAAUGAACAAAAUAAUACAAAGCUAGUCUUCUAGAAGGACCAUGCUGCCUCGACAUCAAGUAUCUUUUGGAUGUCCUAUACGGGUAAUUCUGUGAAUUUCUUGGAAAACACUGCAUUGCAGCUGAAAUAAGACUUCAGGGCAAUCUGUAUAUUGGUUGAAGUUUUGAUAAUAUUCUUGAAAACUGCCUCCCAUUUUGGAACAGGAUGGUCAGGUGUUCUUUGUUAAUACUUUGCAAUCAGGUUUGGUCAAUGGAGUAAGAGACAAUGAUUUUGGAUACCUAGAGCUAGUUUGAAUCAGCCCUUGAACUUUGUUAUCAUCAUAAGAGAAGCCUCUGACAGGAUGGUGAAACAUCAAACAUCUGGGCGUCUCCUGGGCAACGUCCUUGCAGAUAGCCAAUUGUGUCACACCAGAAGUGACUUGCAGUUUCUCAAGUUGCUCCUGAUACACAAAAAAAUCAUCAAGCCUUGCCAAUUGAUGGUUCAGAUGAAUGGAUUCAGACUGACUACUAUGCCAUGUUGAAAUACCUCUUGAUGUGACUUUAUUGUUGAAAUCAAAUAGCUACUUGGACAAUUUUACCUGAAGUCAAAGUAUUGUACUUGAUCCAGAGCUGUUCAAGGAACAUGACUACUGACAUCCAUCCAUUAUCUGCACUGAAAGGAGAAAGGAUAGCAUGUGUUAACAGAGACAUAUCUUCCAUAUUUAAUAUUGAAACUGUCAUGUGGAUGUUUAUGAGGGCAAAGUGGCAAGAGGAGAGAAGGGCAAGCUGCUCUGUUGAGCCUGUUAUAUUUGGCAUAGAUGCGAAUGAUCCCCAAAAUUAUGACGGAAAGAACCAAAGAAGCACAGGAGCUGGAAAGCCUAUGACAGUGGUGGCAAAUCUCUUGGGGGGGGGGGAGACACUUGGGGGGGUAAGCGGCGGGGUGAGCGGCAGGGCAGGCAAGCGAACGAGCGAGCAGACAAGUGGGGAGGGUGGGUGAGCAGGCGAGUGAGUGGGCACAAGCAAGUAGACGAGUGGGGGAGUGGGGAGGGAUGGGCAAUGGUGCACAUACGAGAGGAAAGGGUGCUGCGUGCCCCUCCUGGCACACAUGCCAUAGGGUCACCACCACUGGCCUAUGAAAAACCACACCGUUAGUUAAGAAACUCUCCCAAGUGGAAGCUUAAACCAACUUUCUCCAGAUGGGUCUAACUGUAAUUUCUACACUCCUUAGUCAGUUCAACCUAUCUGAAGGAUUUCAUGCUAGAGAAGGCUUAGGCAGCCUUAUGUAUACUCUGACGAAAAUUAAGAGAAGUCCCUUCAACUGACGAAUCAGAAAGCAUUGCACACAAUACAGAAAAGUCUCACUUAUCCAAGCUAAAUGGGCCGGCAGAACCUUGGAUAAGCGGGUAUCUUGGAUAAUAAGAAGGGAUUAAGAAAAAGCCUAUUAAACAUCAAAUUAGGUUAUGAUUUUACAAAUUAAGCACCAAAACAUCAUGUUAUACAACAAAUUUGACAGAAAAAGUAGUUCAGUGCGCAGUAAUGUUAUGUUGUAAUUACUGUAUUUACAAAUUUAGCACCAAAAUAUCAUGAUAUAUUGAAAACAUUGACUACAAAAUGCCUUGGAUAAUCCAGAAUCUUGGAUAAGCGAGUCUUGGAUAAGUGAGACUCUAUUGUAUCUGCUUCCAUACCAUGGAGGAAAACUGAAAAGGUGAUCGCAACAUGGGUUAAAGUUCCAUUGAACAAAAGAAAAAUCCCUUCUAAUUUACAUUUCAUUUUAAAGCUUUACUACCAAAAACAUUAUCGUGGUAGAAGUUGGUGUUUUACAGAAAAAUGAGCUUUCCAGUACUUUCUUGGUAUUUGCCUCAUACUUGAAAACUGAAGAUAAAACAUGUGGGCCAGUUGGUAUGGUAAAAAAAUAUAUAAUAAUCUUCUGGCUUCUUGUACAAUUUUCUGAUUGAGCUUUGCUCUUAAUAGUUUUUUUUUCCUACAGUUGACUGUGAAGUAUUGUAUUUUUAAAUUGAGUUGGACAUCUAUUUUCCCCCACAAUGCAAGUUUAUUUGAAGAAAUCUACCAAGGAUCUAUUUUUUGUAAAAAAUUUAUAUAAUAAAGUUCAGUGGGAUUUUUUAAAAUUAAUAAUUAAAACAAAAACUAACUAAGUGGGCUGCAAGAUAUUUCCUUGACUACAGGAGUUUAUUCAUUUUGACAACUUUUCAACAAGAUGACUAGAUAUGCUUUUUAAGAGCAGUGAGGUUAAAGAUGUUAAAAACAUCUCAUAGAAUCAUAGAAUCAUAGAAUAGUAGAGUUGGAAGAGACCACAUGGGCCAUCUAGUCCAACCCCCUGCUAAGAAGCAGGAAAUCGCAUUCAAAGCACCCCCGACAGAUGGCCAUCCAGCCUCUGCUUAAAAGCCUCCAAGGAAGGAGCCUCCACCACGGCCCCGGGGAGAGAGUUCCACUGUCGAACAGCUCUCACAGUGAGGAAGUUCUUCCUGAUGUUCAGGUGGAAUCUCCUUUCCUGUAGUUUGAAGCCAUUGUUCCGUGUCCUAGUCUGCAGGGCAGCAGAAAACAAGCUUGCUCCCUCCUCCCUAUGACUUCCCCUCACGUAUUUGUACAUGGCUAUCAUGUCUCCUCUCAGCCUUCUCUUCUGCAGGCUAAACAUGCCCAGCUCUUUAAGCCGCUCCUCAUAGGGCUUGUUCUCCAGACCCUUAAUCAUUUUAGUCGCCCUCCUCUGGACGCUUUCCAGCUUGUCAACAUCUCCCUUCAACUGUGGUGCCCAAAAUUGGACACAGUAUUCCAGGUGUGGUCUGACCAAGGCAGAAUAGAGGGGGAGCAUAACUUCCCUGGAUCUAGACGCUAUUCCCCUAUUGAUGCAGGCCAGAAUCCCGUUGGCUUUUUUAGCAGCCGCAUCACAUUGUUGGCUCAUGUUUAACUUGUUGUCCACGAGGACUCCAAGGUCUUUUUCGCACACACUGCUGUCAAGCCAGGCGUCCCCCAUUCUGUAUCUUUGAUUUCCAUUUUUUCUGCCGAAGUGAAGUAUCUUGCAUUUGUCCCUGUUGAACUUCAUUUUGUUAGUUUUGGCCCAUCUCUCUAGUCUGUCAAGAUCGUUUUGAAUUCUGCUCCUGUCUUCUGGAGUGUGUCUUCUUGCAGACAGCCUCCCACAAGGAUGGUAAAACAUCAAAACAUCUGGGCGUCCCUUGAGCAACGUCCUUGCAGACGGCCAAUUCUCUCACACCAAAAGCAACUUGUGGUUUCUCAAAUUGCUCCUGACAUGAAAAAAAGCUCACAAACAAAUCCUUUAGAUUCCUGCACAUAUUGGUUGUGUGAAUGUGCCAUCUUAAUUAUGUGUCAAAGGCAAGAAAUUGGCUACAUAUGAAUAUUAGUACCUUUAUCAUUUUCUAUAGAACAGCAUCAUUGUCUUCCUAGUGAACGUAUAGGGCUGCCAGAAAACGUUGAUUCUGAAUGUUUGAUUAAAGGUAUUUUGAAUUUA